UGUCCAUGCACAAGCGCAGCAACUCCUCAGCUCCUCCUUCUUCCAGCGGCGCGCGCGCCUCUGAUCCGUUUGCUGUACCAGUAGCUAGCUAUUCUUGACGUACUACGCGAUUGAGGUGCUAACGAUUCUUGUGGGAACGACGGCGGCGGCGGACAUGGACCCGUGGGUCGGGCACCAGCCUUCCCUGAGCCUGGACCUCAACGUCGGCCUGCUUCCUACGGCGAGGCCGGCGGUUCCGGCCAAGACGACCAAGGUCUUGGUCGAGGAGAACUUCAUGGCCGUCAAGAAAGACCCAGAGGUCGAGAAGCUCGAGGCGGAGCUCCGGCGCGUCGGCGACGAGAACAAGCGGCUGAGCGAGAUGCUGCGGGCGGUGGUGGCCAAGUACACGGAGCUGAAGGGCCAGGUCAACGACAUGGUGGCCGCCGCCAACCACACUGGGUCCUCCACAUCGGAGGGCGGCUCCGCGGCCUCGCCAUCCAGGAAGCGGAUCCGGAGCGCCGGCGACAACAGCCUCGACACCGCCGCCCAACACCACCACAGCCGCAAGCCAUCGCCGCCGUUGACGGCCAGCGCUCAGGCCCACGAUCAGGCGGAGUGCACAUCGGCCGCCGUCAGCGUCACCGCCGCCGCCUUCCGGCGCGCCGUGCGGGAGGAGUGCCGGCCCAAGGUGUCCCGGCGAUACGUCCACGCCGACCCCGCUGACCUCAGCCUCGUGGUGAAGGACGGGUACCAAUGGCGGAAGUACGGGCAGAAGGUGACCAAGGACAACCCGUGCCCGCGCGCCUACUACCGGUGCUCCUUCGCGCCGUCGUGCCCGGUGAAGAAGAAGGUGCAGCGCAGCGCGGACGACAGCACCGUCCUGGUGGCCACGUACGAGGGCGAGCACAACCACGGCCAGCCGCCGCAGCACGACGGAGGCAGGGCCGCGAGGUCGACGGCGACGGCGCAGGCGCAGGUGGCGAGCGAGGCCGCCGUGCGACCGGUGGCGGCACCACUGCCGCUGCAGCACCCGCACCAGCAGCAGAAGCAAGAGGCGGCGACGACGGUGCCGUCGUCGGAGGUGGCGAGGAAGAACCUCGCGGAGCACAUGGCGGUGACCCUGACCAGGGAUCCCGGGUUCAAGGCGGCGCUAGUCAGCGCGCUCUCCGGCCGGAUCCUCGAGCUCUCCCCGACCAGGGAUUAAUUAACUAAUUAAUAGACAAAAAAGAAUCGGUGGUUUAGAACAAGGAGAAGAGCCCAUGAUCAUCAUACGGCGAAUGCGCACGGGGAAAGCCGGAAUACACGAACGUGAUCGCGCGCAUCAGAUGGUGGGGCCAAAGACAAACAAGAUCGGUAGAUCAUGUCAGGGCCGACAUCACGCGAGCGCCGGCGCCACGGCACACAGACAAGACAGACGUGCGUGUGGCACACAUGUGUCCGGAGUCGGACCGAGCCUUGCGUUUCUGGCGCCUGCCCUGUCCACCAUUGGGCGUCGGAGGCUCGGCGCGUUGACAGUCACAAGAGUGUUUGGAUUCGCUGACUAAAGUUUAGUUCAUGAUUUGACCAUGUAUAAUACUAUAGUAAACAUGUACUAAUUUAUUGAUCCCGCGCCCUCAUAGAACUACGGAACGUGCUACUACUUCUGCAGGAA